AUGAAUAAUAAUAUGCAAAGCAAAGUUGUUAUAAAAGAGGAAAUAAGUGGCGAAAGUGAUGAUAUUGGUGUGCUUUCAACCAUCGGAGAGGACUCUGGAGAAGGUUCUGGAGACGACUCGGUUAAUAUGGAGCCCAAGGAACACAAUGAAACAUGUGAUACAUGUAAUGAUUCGACCCUCGACGAGCCAAAGGAAAUGCUUUACAUUCAAGCUCGCAAGAAAUUGAACAAAGUCAAUCGCAUUUCCAAGAGCACUCUACCGCCGGCCCCAAGGACUCCUUCCAAGAGUGGCGUCAUCCGAGAAUCCAGUCUGGGAAAGUUCAAAGAUAUACAAGCUAUCUUUGAGAGCAAGCUUUUUGGUAACAAAUCGCCUUCGUCGUCUUCGUCUGGACCCAGGAUUAAAUUGUCGCCAAAUAAUAUUGGGAAGAAAUUCGCAGAUUAUUUUACGCUGCACAAAUCUCCUCGUCGCUCGCUCAAUUUCUUGGAUGUUGACAAGGCAACAACUUCAAAAUUUGAUCAAAAGGAUAAUUAA